AUGUGUGAGCGUGCGAUGGGCAACCAGGGCCAGUAUGUUGCGGCAGGCAAUUUGCUGUGGGUGGACGUGCUAAGAAGUCCUUCACCAGGGGUUCCACUCAGCUUCCGCACCGCCCAGGAAUUGGCCGACUUCCGGUGGCCUGCGGAUAAAGAACCCAGUUUCGCACGCGUGCUACUGCAAGUCGUUGGGCCAGUCCCGGGUCAUGUCCCGGAUGUCCCCCAGGCGUUGCAGACGCUGACUCCCGAGGGCUACGUGCAUUCGAUGCUGCAUGCAUGCGCCAGGCAGCUGCCAGAGCAGAAGGAUCGGUGGUCCCUCAUCCUGCGAUCUGUGCCCUUGUGCUUUGUGCAGGAGCCCGAUGAUGAGUGGAUCGCAAGCUGGAACAAUCGCAAUGCCAUCGCUCAGGAUUUUGAGUCCUUAGCAAGAACAGCAUUUCAAAUGGCCCAAGAAAUGAAGCUGCUGAAAAAGCGUUUGGAGACGGAAGCGAAGAGACCAUUGUCAAACGCAGAGUUUCAAAAGCAAAUCAAGGAUUCGGGGCUGAAGAAAGCAAGCAGCCAGGAUGAGCUGUCGACGAAUCUCAUCUCCACCGCACUUGCAGUGGCUGACAAACUGACAGGCGAGGAAGUGCUGACAACAAUCAGAGAUUUGGAAGACAGGUGUGGCCGAGGCAGUUGCCUGAAUUCUAUGCAGAAGCUGCACGCAUUGGCAACAAAGACAACUCCAGGCAAAAGGGGUUUUAUCUUCCAAGCUCUACGGGACAUGAUUUUCCGCAACAUGGUUGAUAAUGAUGAUGUCAGCAAGACUUUCCUGGCGGGGGACGGGCACAAUACAUGCGGUUUCAUUGCCCUGACAGAACUGAAGCUGGAGUGUUUGGCCCACUUCAAGGCGGUGGUCUUACCCCGAGCGCAAAUCCGUGAACACGACCGCACCGUCAUUUCAGAAACACUGCUGGACCAUGCGACAUAUAACGAAAGAAUGCUGGGUGAUGACGUGGCUUGGCAGGGCAUGCUGCUGGAGUCGAGCAUGCAAGCCCUCAGAUUUUUAGAGGAUCUGGUCUACAGUAAGAAGUACGACAAUCACCUGAAGCAGCUGGCUCGAGGAAAGAAAAGCAUGGAGGAGGUCAUGGAAAACGAGGUCCUGAAAGAGAAGUGGGGCCAGGUCCAGCAGCUGAGAACAAACGAGCUUGCAGAGGAGAAGGUCAAGCUGCGGCGCGAAGCCGAGCCCGAGGAAACGCCGGAAGACCCAGACGCCGGCACGCCCCUGGCACAAAUGCGGAAGCCAGCAAGCAGUUUCACGGAGGAGACCGAAGCCUACUGGUUGGCGGUGGCGAAUGAGAUGGUGAGACGUUUUGUCAGUUUCAUGGUUUUACUUGAGACACAAAAUCAAAUGAUGCAGCUUGUAGCACAGUCCGUGCUCAAAGACGUGGAGGUGGUGGCAGGCUCUACGUGCUGCUGUUUGUGGAUGGACAUGGACCUCCUGGGUGAGUCGUGCGGUGGUCCACUUGCACAGCGCGGCUUGCGUCGUUCGAAGCCCUUCGAGGUAAGCACGUGGAAGUCGCUUCUUCAUGGAGCUCUCCUCGCACGCGGAGCGCAGCAGAAAAGCGAUGACGGUGAAGCGCCAGUGCCGUGCGACACAGACUUGGUGCUCAUCCACUCUGGUGGACGGCAGGACAUUCUGGCAUCCGCACGGCAGAUGUUCCGUUUGGAGAAGAGCAAGCAAGUCGUGAGCACGGAUGCUUGGGAGAAGAAAGUCGGAGUUGUCUUCAAUGAAGAAGGCAUCAGGCAACGCAAGAAGCGCGUCAAAACCAGCGACGGCUACAGCCAGCAAACGGAUGUGUUUGCGUACACACAGAAGGGGUGUGUGCCAGAAACCUUUCCUGAACGACGCAGGAAGCACUACAGCGGGUAUAACACGGGCGACGUCAUCGGUUGGGUUGACUGCGUGGGACCAGACGAGCUGUGGGUGACCAGCAGGCAAGAAAAGGAAGAAAUUCUCGGACAGAAGGGGAUCCUCAAGUUGACCGACAAGGAGAAGAUUGGCCUGCAAGACACGAAAGUGGGCGAGGAGGCGAGCUCGGUGGAGUCUGUCUUCCCGUCCGCAAAGUUGCCGAUCAAAUUCCAUCUGGAGACACUCUGGUCUUACUGUGUGUCUUGCGCAAUAGAUUUCACACCCGGGCAGGGUGAUUUCCUGCGAGCCUGUGUGGAGUCGAGAACGCCCGUCCUAUGCUUUGGUCUGACAGAGAAGCACAACAAGUGUCUGGAAGAGCAACUGACAAAAUGGGUUGUGAAGUGCAUGGCGACAGAGGGAAGUAGUCUGCACCGCAAAAAUGCUAAGCAAGUCCUUGACCUUCUGAAGAAGCGCCCGCUCCAUGUUGGCGAUGAGAAUGGGGGCACCGAGGGCGAGCCCACACUGAAGAAGCCCAAAAACGGGGUGCCGAAGAAGACACCGAAGCCAAAGGACUCCAAAAAGAAAGACCAGUCCUCUGACAGUGGCGAGUCCGCCAAGAAGACUACGAAAAAAGAAAAGUCUAAGAAGAGCAAGAAAUCUAGCAAAAAGAAGAAAGAGGAGAGCUCCUCGUCUUCCAGUGCGGAGCCAUGGUAG